AAAAGACAGGUGAAGUAAACAGAUAAGUUUUGAGAGAGCUGUGUGCAAGCAGUGAAGAUCCAAAACAGAGUUACUGAAGAAAGUAGCUACCAGCCUUCAGAUUUUUAUAUUACAGCUAUUCGUCCAUCAUGAAGCUAAACAUUUUUCUCCUCCUGUGUCUCACUGGUCUCAUGCCAGUUGUCAUAUCCACCCGUCACAAAUAUCACCUGGUCAAGCAAUCAUAUUCAUGGCCAAUGGCUCAGAAUUACUGCAGGGUGAUGUACACUGAUAUGGCAACAAUCGUAACUGAUGAUGAUUGGUUACGACUAAACAAAGAAGCAGUGAGCAAAGGCUACACUGGAUAUUCCUGGAUUGGAUUGUACAAUGAUGUCAAUAGCUGGCGCUGGUCAUUAAACGAGCUCCCACUGAAGAAUGUCACUUAUACAAACUGGUACUCUGGACAGCCGGAUAAUUAUGCUGGGAGAGAAGCAUGUGGUAUAAUUUUGGCAUACGGAGCCUGGGAAGAUACUUUAUGUACAGGUCUAAGACCCUUUAUAUGCUACAAUGCUAAUUUCAGUGGUGCUGACAGGUUCAUCGGCAUAUCUAAUCCUUAUUUGAACUGGAUUGAAGCUCAGUCUUACUGUCGAACACAUCACACAGACUUGGCUAGCUCUCUUAACAGCUCAGAUAACAACUUCCUAUUGCAGUUGUGGAAUAUCCAGGGAAAUUCCUGGAUUGGACUCUACAGAGACACAUGGAAAUGGUCAGAUGGGACAAUCACUUCAAACCUACCAUGGAGUUCUGGACAACCUAAUAAUUAUGGGGGCUAUGAAAACUGUGGAGCAUAUUAUAACAACGUGUUUGAUGAUUAUUCAUGCAGCUACCAAACCUAUUUCUACUGUCACACCAUUCCACCAGUGAGGCAACGGCAGAUAGUGAGACUGCAGGUGAAGUCUGAUGGCAGUGUGUUAGAUCCUGCUGUGCAUUCGUCUAUUUUAGAACAGAUCAAGCAGAAACUGGCAGAAAAGGGCAUCAUGGAGAACACCACAGUGACUUGGAGGGUGCAGCCAGAUAAAAAUAUCUUCUGCAAGACAAAAAAGGAUGAUCUGUAACGUCUAAAUCAGGGAUGUCAACCUGAAAUUCUAUUUUUGAGAGAUACUAAGACGCCAUAACUGAAGUCUAUUUUUUUGGUAACAUCAGUAAACUAUAGGAUCUUAAAAUAGAACAGACAUUUAUAUAGGAAAAAGAAGAGCUUAGAAACUUUUUAAAACUUUUCAUUGCUUGUUAUGACAAUGACCGCACAACAUAAUGUGCUUCUGUUUUUAGACACAAGUGUGAUUUACAUCAAGCACAGCACACAGGCAUUUAUUUUAACCUCACCACAGUUUCUGCUGCAGCUGGCUUGACUAUAGAAGAAUUUUCCAGGCUGAUUUUGGACUGUUAUAUGUGGACACAUAUUUGGUGACAUUAUUGAAAUUGUGAAUCACUACUUAUUGUUUAUAGAUUCCUUUACAUGAAUGUUCAAUGUUUGCUAAAUUUUAAACUGAAAAGUGAAGUCCAUUUGCUAGUGUAUUUACUGUCUUACAGAGGGCACAGUGACUUGGUGUUUCCUCCUGGCACUUUUGUUUCCUAAUUUUGCCCUGUUCUUUUGUUUUUCUUUGUUUGAGGGGACAUAAGUUAGACCAAAUAAAACAUUUUCUGAACACAAAGAAAAAAAAAAUUGGGGUCAAUAUUUUAAAUGAUAAAUCUUGCCGAAUCUUUCAAAGUUUCAUUACACAAGAGCAAUGAAACAACAUCAACAGAUAAAAUAAUUUAAAUGAAUAUGAUCUUUGUCCAGAUGGCCUUCCUAUCUAAAUCCUUCACCAGUCUGUUCCAGUUAACUAUACAAAUUUGCAGUAGAGACACAGUCAUUGAUAAUCAUUAAAACAAAGACGGGGGAAACAAGCUGUCCUACUGAGGUAUUAAGUCAGUCAGAAAAAGAAGUGGUGUCCAUCACCUUUUCCCUCCAUCAACCGUGACUGAUGUCAUUUCCAAAUACAGCCACAUCACAUAUUGUGGUCCUCCACCUAACACUGACAGCACAGAAAAUACUUCAAUCAUCAAGCCACUCACAGUAGAAACCUGAGUUUGCUUAACUAUGUCUUUUUAUGGUAAGUGCCUUCAGAUGGCUACACUAUCGAUUUGCUCGAUUUGCUGUAAAUUCUAGA